AAUAAUGAAAAUUCUGGAAGCUUGAGUUUGUGUACUUACUAGCAACCACUUUCAACAUUUCUGCAAAGCUAGAGAAGGGUUCCCAGUGCCGAUUCCGACACUGUGAAGAAGCCCUUGGCAGUGACACUGUGUGCUCAUUAUGGAGAGAGGGAAAAUGCUUAGAUCCACUUUGCAGAUUUAGACACAUGGAAAUGCAGCAAAACUGCAGCAUUUCAUGCUUCUGGGAAACUCAACCUCUUGGUUGUGUGAAGAUCAGUUGUAUCUUUUAUCACAGCAAACCUCGAAAUAUCAAUGGACUAUUUUUGCCACCAAGUAACAAUAUCACACUACAGAAAGAAACUCAGGAAGGAAUUCCACCCUCAACCCAGAGUCAGGAGCCUCUGAAACCUCAGGAGAAUAUAUCACGACCCAUUCACCAUCCCUUAGUUUUAAAAACUAACUUUGAGGAAGAAGAGGAGGAAGGAGAUGAACAAAAUGAUGCUUCUAGUUUAUGGACAAAAACUCCUGAAGAAAUUGAAGAAAAAAGAGCAAUAAAGGAGAUGUGUCAUAAAUCUGGUGAAUACUACAGAAUUCAUACUCCUCCAGAUAUUUCAUCAUCUAAAAGCAUAGCCUCAUCAGUGGAAAAAGAGUUAGAAAAGCCUUUGGAAAAUGGAAGUGAAUUACAAGAAGGGGAUGGUCUAACAGUUCCAACAAAAUUUAGCCUAUUUGAAAGGCAAGGUGAGAUAAAAGCAUCAUUGGAUAGGAAACCAAGGACUGACAUUGCUGCUUUUGAAAACGGAGGAGGAGAUUGCUAUGUUCCCCAGAGGAUCAUAUUCCUUGGAGUACAUGAGAAUGAAGCUUUAACUGAAGAGAAAGAAAUCACCAUGUCAAAAUGUUCAAAUGCUAAAGUGAAUAAUGUCCAGCCAGUGAGGAAGCCUCAUUUUAAAGGUGUGAAAAAAAGAAAGUGGAUUUAUGAUGAACCAAAGAACUUUCCUGGCCCAGGAAUGCGGAGAGUACAGGCCCCAAAUCCCAAAAAUAAAAUGAGUUACCAUCGCAAUAAUAAAAACAGAAAUCCCGAGAAUGCGUCCUAUAUCCAUGUUCAGAGAGAUGCUAUCAGGACUGUCUCACUGAAUGCACCUUCCCGCAGCAGGCCUACACAAGGGUCCUACAAUAAAGUCGAUGUUAGCAAGGAACCCAAAUUCAACCUCUGUUCAGAUAAAUAUAUGUCAACAUCAUAUAAUGGUUCAGCCUGGAGAAAAAGAAUUCCUUUUUCAAAAACAUACUCAAAAACUGAAAAGAUAUAUACAGAGCCAAGAAGAAAUGGAAGCAAGUAAACCUGGAGGUUGAGAGAAGAGAAAAAUGAGAAAAGAGAAAAGUGCCAGACAUCAUCUGAUUUACAAUUCAAAAAUGAAAAUUCAAAGAAUGAGAUAUUCAAGUACUCCAUACUAUAUACUGGGUAGCCAAAGAUGAUAAAAUGCAAAUUCUGAAAAUAAGAUGCAGGAAGUACAUUGUGCUCUUUCAAAACUGAUAAAAAUGCAAAUUACAAA